CCCUUUUCCGACGGGGUUUCCUGCCCUGUCCCACGCCGCGCCUUCCUUUCUGGCCGGAAGCCGCUGAAGGAGCAGCCGCUCUUCUCCAGACCUCGCCUUCGCCGCCAUGCCACCCAAGGACGACAAGAAGAAGAAGGAUGCGGGCAAGUCGGCCAAGAAGGACAAGGACCCCGUCAACAAGUCCGGAGGGAAGGCCAAGAAGAAGAAGUGGUCCAAGGGGAAAGUGAGGGACAAGCUGAACAACCUGGUGCUCUUUGACAAAGCCACCUAUGACAAGCUCUGCAAGGAGGUGCCCAACUACAAGCUCAUCACGCCGGCCGUGGUCUCCGAGCGGCUCAAGAUCCGGGGCUCCCUGGCCAGGGCCGCCCUCCAGGAGCUGCUCAGCAAAGGCCUGAUCAAGCUGGUGUCCAAGCACAGAGCCCAAGUCAUCUACACCCGAAACACCAAGGGAGGCGAUGCCCCAGCCGCUGGGGAGGAGGCCUGAAAAGGUCCACCAAUGGCUUUCUGACUCUUCUGUAUAUUUACAAAAAAAAUAAAAUAGUUUCAAUUCCUUAA